UUCAUUAAAAUCCAUUUUUAAACUCUCUGUGCUUCCUCUCCUCUUCCCAAGUUCCAAUUUGAAGUUAAUCUUCCUGAUUCUUUAACAUCCUUUGAUAAUUCUCCGUUCUUCGUUUCUUUGUGAAGUUGUAAUUUUAAAAUUAAACCUUUUUUGAGAAAUGGGAGAGCAAAUUGUUAGAGUCGGUCUCGAAUCCAUGGGCUACAUUUUGAAGAAUAAAUUACAGAUGAAGUGUUUGAUCAACCCACUGGAAGAAGAGCGCCGCAAAAUCCAAGCGUUCGGAGGAGAGCUUCCUCUAUGCAUGAUUCUCCUCAAUGAUGUGAUUGAUCAACUAAAACAAGAAUGUGAAGAAAAAGUUGAGCAUGAAGACAUGGAAUGGGAGCACAGUGUGGUCGAGAUGGAUUGGAUAAGUUACGACCAAAAUUGGAACACUAACUGUAAUGAGCAUAAUAGCAAUUUAAUAAACGAUUUUUACGAGAUGGAGAAUGACAAUGAUGCGUGUGUAGAAUCUCAAAGCAGUAAUGAAGAUUUUUUGAUCACGAAUGAAGAAAAUAAUGUACAGACUUCGUGGCCUGAUUCUUCUCUGACGAACUCCGCCCCAACAGACACUACAAUGUCGAACGACGAUGAAAAUCGAAUCCGACAGAAAAAGAGAAAAACACGUCGCCGUUGGUCGUCGGAGCUUCACCGACAUUUUGUGGCUACAUUGCAGGAACUUAGUGCUGCAACUCCAAAACAAAUUAGAGAAAGAAUGAUGGUUCGUGGGCUAAAAAAUAAUGAUGUGAAAAUUCAUUUACAGAAAUACAAGUUACAUAACAGAAGAAUGCAAAAUUCUCGUCAGUUUAUUUCACUACAGGGAACCCUUCAGCCAGCAUAGUACUUAUAUUUUUACUUCAUCUCAGAGAGUCUAUCAGCUGACUUGCACUGGACUUUUACUUAUCAAACAUCUAAUGUAUAUAGUUUAUA